ACCCACAUGGACCAUGGAUGGUGGAGGAAUGGAGCUGGUGAAGACCCAUGCUUUCUCCCUAACAGUCCCCAAUCCCUGCCACAAGGGGGUGCUGAUGAGCACCCCAAGUCUGCCAUCUAGUCCCAUCUACUCCACCUCAAUGCCGGCAGGGGCACCGGAGGCUCCCAUCAUCGUGGUGGGCAACAAGCGGGACCAGCAGCGACAGCGCUUCAGCCCACGGAGGGCCCUAGCUGUGCUGGUCAAGAAGAGCUGGAAGUGCGGCUACAUGGAGUGCUCGGCCAAGUACAACUGGCACGUGGUCCUGCUCUUCAAGGAGCUGCUGAGCAGCGUCCUAGCCAGGGGCUGCAAGCACAGCCACCCGGCCAUCCGCCUGCAGGGCGCCCUGCACCCCAACCGCUGCAGCCUCAUGUGA